AUUUGGACUUAUAUCCUAAUGAUCCUGGAAAAUUUCCGGAAGUUAUUACAAAUGAAAUGCUCACUUAUUUCAUGCAGUAUGAACCAUGUCAGCCCCUUCCAUGGGAACUUCCCAACAAAUGUUUCCCAACCUCAAAAGAUAAUCAUGGCGUUUGUAGAAAGUUCCAUGAAUCAUAUUAUUAUAACACAUUACCAAAUGGAUCUUUAGUUAAACGUACCUGGUUGUCUUACUCUGUGUCGAUGAACAAAGUAUACUGUAUAUCUUGUAAAUUGUUUGGCCUCCCCAAGGCAAAAAAGUUACUAUUGGCUCAUAAAGGAACUAAUGAUUGGAAACAUUUAAAAAGAAACCUUGACAACCAUGCUCAUACGACUGAACAUCUACAAGCUGAGAUAAGCCGGGGGUUAUUUUCUAAAAAUGUUAGAAUUGACUUAAAACUGCUUCAUUCUCAUCAUCAAAAAAUAUCAGAAAAUAGAGAAGUUCUUAGAGCUAUUAUAAAAGUUUUGUUAUUUUCAGCCAGACAAAAUAUUGCACUAAGAGGUCAUAAUGAGUCAUUUAUGUCCCAAAAUCAAGGCAAUUUCAUAGAGAUGUUGAAACUUAUUGGAGAAUAUCAUGGGCCUCUAAUGAAUCAUUUAAAUAAAAAUUCUCUUUUGAAAAUUAUGGGAAAUCAAGUUCGGUUAUCUAUAAUUAAAGAAUUGAAGGACAGUGGAUUAUUUGCUGUUAUAAUAGAUACCACUACUGAUGUUGCUAACAUAGAGCAAUUUACUUUUGUAGUGAGAUAUAUACAUGAAGGUAAACCAUAUGAACGAUUAUUGAGCUUAGAAGCAGCUACUGAUGCGACCGGAAAAGGAAUGUUUGAUACUUUUUGUCGUAUUACCGAUAAUUAUCAAAUUAAUUGGAAAAAAAAUCUUUGUGCCCAGUCAUAUGAUGGAGCUGCUUCAAUGCAAGGGGAGUAUUCUGGUUUGAGAACGUUUAUCCAAAAUGAAAACCCACAAGCUGUAUACGUCUGGUGCUUUGCUCAUAUAAUGAAUUUAGUAAUAGUUGACACUUUAGACUAUACUACAGACAUAAGGAUUUUUUUUGGAGAAUUACAAGGCUUAGUAAGCUACAUGAGAGCUAGAAAACGUACAGCAACAUUUUAUGAAUGCCAAAAGAAUUUAAAUGUUGGACCCAAAUCUAAGGACCGAAUUCGCAAGAUAAAAAAUUUUUCCGAUACCAGAUGGACGUCACAUGACCGUGUAAUUUCUGUGAUUCAUGACAAAAUAUUUUCAAUUACAACUCCUACAUCGUGUUACUUGCAAUCUAAAAACAUUGAUUUUAUUCAAGCUUUACAACUAAUAGACAAUGCUAAAGAACAAUUAGUUUCACUUCGUUCUGAUGAAAAGUUCAAUGAUCUAGCUGAAGACUCUAAACAAUUUGCUAUUGAUCAUAAUUUACCAGAAUCAAAUUUUAAGGAGUCUCGUAUACGUAAAAAAAAGAAAAUGCCUGGUGAACAAGCAAAUGAUGAAAUAAUUAGUUCAGCGUCAGAAAGAUUCAAAAUCAACACUUAUUUCAAUGCAUUGGAUCAAAUCAUAACAUCAAUUACUAACAGAUAUAAUGGAGCUCGAGAAAUUUUGAAAGAUUUAUCACUUCUCUCAACAAAUCGAUUAAUAGAAGUUUCCAAAUCUCCAAAUGUAUUGCCCAUAGACUCAUUUCUUUAUUUAUCACAAUGGAUAAAAGACAUAAAUGUAAAAAAACUGAAAAAUGAAUAUAUUAUAUUCAGCAAAAAUUUCACUGAACUUAUAAGUGGUAUAACACUACCAGAAAAACUUCAUUCUAUUGAAACUGAAAUAUCAGAAAAUAUGUUGGGUACGGAUUUAGAUGAUGAAUCAUCAGAUGAUGAAAUGAGUAUUGAAGAGAAUAGCAAAAAUGAUGGACCAACUGCGUUGGAAAUAAUGCAUCUUCUUUCUACUCAUGAUUUGAAGUCAGCAUUUCCUAAUUUGUACUUAGCUUAUCAAGGAUUAUGUACUAUGCCCGCAUCAUCAGCUUCAGCUGAAAGGAGCUUUUCAAAGGUUAAACUCAUUAAAACACGACUACGCUCAACAAUGGGGCAAUCUAGAUUGGAAAGUUUAUUGAUUCUUUCCUGUGAGAGAGAUAAGAAAAUAAAUAUUGAAGAUGCAAUUAAUACUUUUGGAAAUUCAUCAAGUCUUCUUAAAAAAUGUCUAAUGUAUUCUUAG